AUGCACCUGGAUGAGGCAAGGAGCAGACAGCUGAGCCUCCCUCAGGAGGAUGAGGACGGUGAGGAGCUGCAGUGCAAGCAGGGUCCCAGCGGCACCGACACUGCAGUCCCGGCAGCAGCAUCCUGGCCAGGUUUCGAAAGCGUUUGCGAUUUCUGCAAGCUCACGAAGGCCCUUUCUCCUGGCUACAAACCCAUCUUCAAGCUCCAGCCCACACGUACCCUCCCCGUUCCCCGGGGCGGUUCCCGGUGCAGGUGCUGCCCCCGCCCCGUCCCGUCCCUCCUCCCCGGGGAGGCGAGGGCUGCGGCGGAAGCGGGGGUGACAUGGCCUCCAUCGGCGGCUUCUUGCGGCGGAGCCUGCGGCGGGCGGCGCGCGGCGCGUGAGAACUUGCUGAAGGGCCAGAAGGAGGAGGAGGAACGUCUCUUGCAAGCGAUCCCCCUCUUCUGCUUCCCCGAUGGCAACAACUGGGCCCCGGUCACUGAGUUCACCAGUGAAACCUUUUCUUUCGUCCUGACCAACGUGGACGGCAGCAGGAAGAUCGGUUACUGCAGGCGGCUGCUGCCAUCCGGCCGUGGUGUCCGCCUCCCUGAGGUCUUCUGCAUCAUCAGCUGCCUGGGCUGCUUUGGGCUUUUCUCCAAGAUCCUAGAUGAGGUGGAGAAGAGGCGCCAGAUCUCCAUGGCAGUGAUUUACCCCUUCAUGCAGGGCCUUCGGGAAUCCUCCUUCCCAGCUCCAGGGAAAACCGUCACCAUUAAAAGCUUCAUCCCUGAGUCGGGCACAGAGCUCAUUGAGCUCACACGGCCUGUGGAUGCCCACCUGGAGCAUGUGGAGUUUCAGGCUCUGCUCCAGCGGCUCAGUCCCCACCUCAUCCUGCACAUCUUCGCCUCUGCUGUGUUGGAGAGACGUCUCAUUUUCCUGGCAGAGGAGCUGAGCAUCCUCUCACAGUGCAUCCACGCAGUGGCUGCUCUCCUUUAUCCCUUCACCUGGGCUCACACCUACAUCCCCGUGGUCCCCGAGUGCCUGCUCGACACUGUCUGCUGCCCCACGCCCUUCAUGGUUGGCAUCCAGAGGCGGCACCUGGAGCGGGUCCUGGACCAGCCGAUGGAAGAGGCUCUGAUAGUUGACCUCUGUGAAGGGAAGAUCCUACGGGCGGUCGGCGAUGAGGAGGAGAUCUUGCCUACCAAGCUGCAGAAUGAGAUACUGACAUCUUUAAACAGACACAACAACAACAACAACGUACACACAUCUGAGCAGGUGAACACACUUGUCUCCGAAGCCUUCGUGCACUUCUUUGUCCGAACGGUUGGCCACUACACCUCGCACAUCAAGUGGAGUAAAAAUGGCUCAGGCACCUUCCAGGAGCGAGCCUUCUGCAAAGCUAUCGCCUCCAAGACCAGCCGCAAGUUUGUGAAGAAGUUUGUGAAGACAAACAUGUUUUCCCUCUUUAUUGAGGAAGCAGAAAAGAGGCGAAUGCCACAGGAAGCAUAUUUCCAACAGAAGAUAGCAGAGUACCACGAACAGAAGAAGCACCGAAGAGACUCUUGAAGUCCAGCCUGGGCACACACAGGUUGGCACCAAGCAGCCCUUACCAGCGGCACCAACGCUGCGCGGACUCAGUGCAGAGCACACCGGACUCUGCUGGCUCUGUUCCUGUCCGUUUUGUGACUCCUGAGACACGUGGGCAGCACUGAACACCAGUUUCUACCCUUUCUUUUUGCCUCAGGGCAUCAUUGCACUGGAAAACUCUUUUGCACAAAACUAGCAAGGUGGCUGUGAUUUCUUUUCCCACCGUGCGAGCAACAGGGGACAAACGGCAACUCAGUCCUUGGCCCCGUCAGGACCUCACGCAGCUUGGGAGGGAAGGCGGGGAGCUGGCUGCAGGUUGUAGAAUCAUUGUUAGAAGGGGGGAAAAAAAUAAGGAUGAGUAGGAAAUAGCAUUGUUUCUAAUUAAAACAAACCUAGGUUUUGCAAAUAGGUAACGUCCUAUUGAAUAACUUUCUGAGGUUUCUAUUAUUAGCAGCUCUUUCGCUGCGUUUUCUCAUUGUUUUGCUCAUUGUUAAAUACCAGCAGGAACAGUUGUGGUGGGUUUUAGUGGUUUCCUCUCUAGCAGCUGUUUGCUUCGUCCGUCGGUGACACUGACAGCUCAGUUUAGCUCUUUAAAGAAACAAAAACAUUCUUUUCCAGCAGGUUAUUUAUUCGUGCUGUAAGCAAACUGUGAAGGCCACAGGGCUGUGUUUUGUGGGAGAGGGAAACGGAGUAUCAACAGCUUUGGGUAGGGAGGAAGUAUUUGUUAAAUUCAGUAGUAAAAUAUGUCGACAUCCUCUUCAUUUAUGAUGUGAUCUUUCUUUUGAAGCCUUGCAUCUUCUCCUGUGAGGGUGGGGAGGCCCUGGCCCAGGUUGCCCAGAGCAGUGGUGGCUGCUCCAUCCCUGGAGGGGUUCAAGGCCAGGCUGGAUGGGGCUUGGAGCCCCUGAUCUGGUUAAAGAUGUCCCUGUUCCUGCAAGGGGUUGGACUGGGUGACCUGUAAAGGUCCCUUUCAACCCAAACCAUUCUGUGAUUCUCCCAAGUGACAGGCAAUAGGACGAGAGGGAAUGGCCUCAAGUUGCACCAGGGCAGAUUCAGAUUGGACAUCAGAAAAAAUGUCUUCACCGAAAGGUUCUCAGGCACUGGCAGAGGCUGCGCAGGGAGGUGGUGGAGUCCCCAUCCCUGGAGGGGUUUAAAAGACAGGUGGAUGAGGUGCUCAGGGAUCUGGUUUAAUAGUGGACAGGGAUGGUUGAACUUGAUGAUCUCAAAGGUCUUUUCCAACCAAGUGAUUCUAUGAUUCUCUGGGACGUUCUAGCCAAGCUGCUGUAUCACUCAGGACCCACUAGAGAUGUGUUACCAAAAGCAUAGUUUAUACAACUUUUGCGGUGGUAUUGAAUGCGACAGUGAGAGAUUUUACAUAAACACUGGUGCAUAAGCAGGCUGGCUGCCAGACAGCGUUUGCUUUCAGAGCUUUUGAGCAUCUAAAGAAAACAAGACAGAUGUAAAGGGCAUUUAUUUUAGAAGUAACGAUUUGUGCAGUCAGGCACAAACAUAGGCGGCAGCAGCACAGUUGGGCAGAGGGCACAGACUGAACAGCGGUGAAACUACAGCUCCGCUGAGAGAAAUGGGCUGAGUUUUGUCCAGCCCCACGUGUCUUUGAGGAGGGAACAAGAAUUAUUUCUUAUGAAAUACAGAAGGCCAGCGUGUCCCAGGCUGCAUCCAGAGCAGUGGGACCAGCAGGGCGAGGGAGGGGAUUCUGCCCCUCUGUUCCGCUCUGGUGAGACCCACCUGGAGUCCGGUGUUGAGUUAUGAAAUCCCAACAUAAAAAGGACCUGAAACUGUUGGAAUGGGUCCAGAGGAGGCCACAAAGAUGAUCCGAGGGCUGCAGUACCUCUGCUAUGAGGACAGGUUGGAAAAGUUGGGAUUGCUCAGCCUGGAGAAGAGAAGACUCUGGGGAGACCUUAGAGGAGCUUCCAAUACAGAAAGGGGUUUCAGGAAAGCUGGGGAGGGGAUUUUUCCAAGGGCCUGGGCUGAUAGGACAAGAGGGAAUGACUUUAAAUUGGAGAGGGGAAGAUUUAGAUUAAACAUUAGGAAGAAAUUCUUCAUGCUGAGGGUGGGGAGGCCCUGGCCCAGGGUGCCCAGAGCAGUGGUGGCUGCCCCAUCCCUGGAGGGGUUCAAGGCCAGGUUGGAUGGGGCUUGGAGCCCCUGAUCCAGUGGGAGGUGUCCCUGCCCAUGGCAGGGGGUGGGACUGGAUGGGCUUUGAGGUCCCUUCCAGCCCAAACCAUCCUAUGAUUCCAUGAAAAGAGGGGUUUUUUUUGGCACUAUGGGGAUCUUCUCUGGCUCUACAAAUUCCCUCUCAUGGGUAGAGAGAGUGCUAGAGGUUAACUACAGGAAAUUAAAGGCUAGUGGUAUUUUUCUGUGGUUUAUUUUUCAUUUAAAAAAGUUCCCUGGCCGGCUGAAUAUUGUGUGGGUGGGAAAUCAAGGACACCCAACAAGAACUGUUGGUUUCAGGCCCACCUGCCUCCCUGACUCCAUCACCAUUGUGUGAAGAUGCCAGCCUUGUUGGCUGUGAAGCAUUAACAUCCUUUUGUCGAGAAAAAGGGGGCAGUAGUCCUGAGUUUGGCAGUGGCUCUUUAGAAAAGAAGAAUUAGAAAUCACAUAAGGGAGUCUGUGGUUGCAUAAUCCCUGCCAGAUAAAGAAGAUUAUUCCUCAGCUGCUGAAAGGAAGAGAGAUACACAAAACGUGACCUUUAAAUGUUUAAGGCAGUGCUUCAGAGAUCAGCGAGAGUUAACUACAGGGAGUCAGAAGGGUUGCUGCCACCUUGUGCAACUUCUGAGCAAAGAAUGGGUUGAAAUAUCAUCUUAAGUCACUUAAAGCGCUCCUCCUUUUAGUACUGUUAUGGGAAAAGGGAUCCAUUCCCAGUGACCAGUCCAGAAAUGCACCCUUUAGGGGAGAGAGCACAACAGCUCCCAGCUCAGCUUUUCAGUCGCUGCAGGAAGACAAAAGGAAGAGCUAUAGAGGAACAGGAGUAAGCAGGCACUUUUCUGGCACCUACUUCUCUUACCACGAUGCAGCAGCAGCUUCAGACAUACAAGUGGUGGAUAUUCCAGGGACAUAAUCUGCCCCACACUCUUCUCACACCCUUUCCCUUUCACUGUGCUGUUCCUUUACCUGACAGCUCUGUUCUUGUUUCCUAAGCCUGUGUGACUGAUGUCAUUGCUGAUCAGAAGUUUUAAGGGUUUCUUGAGUUGGGUUGGCCUGAACAUUGAGAAGCAGCUUGAUAUGGAUAUGGAACUGUUGGAAUGGAUCCAAAGGAGGCCAUGGAGAUGAUCUGACGGCUGGAGCCUCACUGCUGUGAGGACAGGCUGAGAGAGUUGGGGUUGUUCAGUCUGGAGAAGAGAAGGCUCUGGGGAGACCUUAGAGCAGCUUCCAGAACUGAAAGGGGGUCCAGGAAAGCUGGGGAGGGACUUUUUGCAAGGACAUGGAGUGAUAGGAUGAGGGGAAAUGGCUUUGAAUUGGAAGGGGGAAGAUCUAGAUUAGACAUUAGGAAGAAAUUCUUCACAAUGAGGGUGGGGACGCCCUGGUCCAGGCUGCUUAGCAAAGUGGUGGCUCCUCCCACCCCUGGAGGCGUUCAAGGCCAGGUUGGAUCCAGUGGGAGGUGUCCCUGCCCAUGGCAGGGGUUGGAACUGGAUGGGCUUUGAGGUCCCUUUCAACCUAAACCAUUCUAUGAUGUUAUGAUGCUCUAUCACCUUGUUUGCUUACUCACCUGACUGGUGCAGUCUGGUGAGAGCUGAAAUCCCCUCCCUGUUAACAGCCAGAGGCCAACAGGUUGCACAUUGCAACAAGAUUGCACAUCCUUGUGAUCAAUAAAGGUCAGUGAAGAAAGAAGACACUGUGCUGAAAGGGCAAAUGCUGAAUAAAAUACCCUAUUUAUUGCUUUAAACUCCAUCCGCCUCUCUUACCCACCUGCUUGCAGAUGCAGGCACAGUGUUUGCUGCUGGAGACAUGGGUAAAUUCAGCUGCUGUUUGCCAGGAGCACAGAC